CUGACUCAAGUCUUUGAAGAAAGUGAUCUGAUAAGUGCGGUGCCCAUUAGGGUGACUAAGAGGGUUAUUUGUCUUGGAAGCCAUGUUUGCGAGGCCAGGCAACCCGCUGGGAGAGCGCUGUGCAUUCAACAUCAAUUUUUGAGGAAGGAUUUGAACCCUUAAGAUGGCUCCACGCUGAUAAGUUCACUGCCUUCUGAGGUCCUCAGCUACUCCCUACCCAGGCGGACUUUGCCAGCAGACAGGAACACUCCCCUCCACCCCUGUUGAGGGUGGCUCGGAGGCAGGACUCUUCCGGGAAGCGUCAGGCCAAUCCCCCUGGAGUCCCCGCCCACCGCCACCCGCAGGCUGACCUGGCCACUGGGUCUGGACGACCUGUUUCUAGGGGACGGAACUGCGGGUCCUGCACAAGCCAGCGCCCCCUGGGAGCAUUAGACAGAAGGCCCGUGGCCUUGAUCAGCUUCAGUGCAGGACACCCAGCAGCCUUGAGUGACCAGGAGGAUGUGCCCACCGGAGACUGCCCUCCAACCCCCCCAGGUCCUGCUGCUGGUGGGGGUCCCGGUGGCCAGCGCCCUGCUUCUGGUUCAGUGCCUCCGGUGGCACUGUCCCUGGUGGCUGCUGAGACCCUGCCGGAAGCCAGAUUGCCAGGAGGAGCCAGCGGCCCCAACCAUCCUGCCACCAGAAUUCGAGGUGCCAGGGCGGUGUGCACCUGCUACGCUGCCGGAGAUGGCUGCCUUCUACCAGGAGCUGCACACGCCCACUCAGGGCCAGACAGUUACCCGCCAGCUGAUGCACAAGCUGCUGGUGUUCUCAGCCCGAGAGGUGGAUCACCGAGGGGGCUGCCUGCUGCUGCAGGACAUGGGCAUCUCCCUGCUCAUCCCACCAGGUGCCGUGGCCGUGGGCCGCCAGGAGCGGGUGUCCUUGAUCUUGGUGUGGGACCUGUCUGAUGCCCCGUCGCUGUCCCGAGCCCAAGGGCUGGUGAGCCCCGUGGUGGCGUGCGGGCCCCACGGGGCCUCCUUCCUGAAGCCCUGCAUCCUCACGUUCAAGCACUGCGCCCAGCAGCCUGGUCACGCGCGCACUUACAGCAGCAACACGUGCCUGCUGGAUGCCAAGGCCUGGAGGCCCCUGGGCCGGCCGGGGGCCCACAGCUCCCUGGACGAGUGCCGCAUCCAGCUUUCCCACUUCAGCCUCUACACCUGCGUGCUGGAGGCGCCCGCGAGCCAGGCUGCCCGCAAGUGGUUGCAGCUGGCUGUGUUCUGCUCCCCUCUGGCCCCGGGGCAGACCCACCUGCAGCUUCGUGUCUACUUCCUCAACAACACACCCUGCGCCCUGCAGUGGGCCGUGACCAACGAGCAGCCACACGGGGGGCGCCUGCGAGGGCCCUGCCAGCUCUUCGAUUUCACUGGGGCCAGAGGGGACCAGUGCCUGAAACUCAAGUACAUCUCCGAGGGUUGGGAGAACGUGGAUGACAGCAGUAGCCAGCUGGUUCCCCAUCUCCACAUCUGGCAUGGAAAGUGCCCCUUCCGCUCCUUCUGCUUCCGGAGAAAAGCAGCCAAUGAGAAUGAGGACUGCUCGGCACUGACCAAUGAGAUCAUUGUCACCAUGCACACCUUCCAGGACGUGAGUUGGGCCUGUGGAGUCCUGGGCAAAUGGGGCUUGGAGACCAAGUACAUGGAAAUCCUCAGGUUCCAGGCAUCAGAGGAGGGGUCCUGGGCGGUGCCCCCCCCUGCCUCCCAGUCACCUCCGUGCAACAGGCUGCCACCAGAGCUCUUCGAGCAGCUGCGGAUGUUGCUAGAGCCAACCAGCAUCUCAGGCAAUGACUGGCGCCGGUUGGCUUCCCACCUCGGCCUCUGCGGCAUGAAAAUCCGGUUCCUGUCCUGCCAGCGCAGCCCUGCCGCGGCCAUCCUGGAGCUCUUUGAGGAGCAGAACGGCAGCCUGCAGGAGCUGCACUGCCUCAUGACUUCCAUGGAGCGGCUGGACUGUGCCUCGGUCAUCCAGAGCUACCUGAACAUGACACCCCGCGGAAGCCCGGCUGUGGCCCACAGUCACUCCUGGGAGAACCAGGGACGGGAGCUGGACGAGAAGCUCUGAGCACCCGCCAGGGCAGGUGGCGUGGGAAAAACGCGGCCGCAGAACUGGCCGACUAUGCCAGGGCCGCCUGUGUCCUCCAUCAGCACCACCUUGCCCUGCAUGUGGGUUCUCUCCUGGCCGGCAGAGGGUGCAGGAGCACAGGAGAUGACCGCAGCUUGGCCAGCUUCCUAGCAGCUAUUUAUGGACACUGGGCUGCCAGGUAGCCCCCACUGGGCAGUCCUGGGCAACUGGUCGACACGCGUUCACUGAGCACUUAGUAAGUCUCCUAACACGCCAAGGGGAUGCUGGAGUAUUUGGGGUGCGGCCUGGAGCCGGGAGUAGCCCUUGUGCUCUUUUGGAGAGUCAAGGUACUUAGGCCAGGGCUCGGUGUAGACUGAGACUGCAGCGGCCUGAGCUGUACUCUCCGGGAGGAGUUGCGAAGGGAGACAGCUGUGUGGGCUGGAGCGAAGAGAAGGCCCGGGAGGAUGGAGGGAGAGAGCCUCAGGUGGGGCGGGGAGAGCAGCCCGAAGGAAGGGGAGAGGAUGGGAGAGGGUGGGAGGUGCUGAGCUCAGCCCGCGGCCGGAGGAGGGAGAAUCAGGCUGGACAGCCCUGCUGCCCACGUCUCCUCUACGCCCGCUCUCCUUGUGCUCUUGUCUUGUUUUCCCCUCUUUGCCAUUCUCUGUAUCAUUCGGCACUAAAGCCGAGCAGAAACCUUAGGAUCAACCUUUAUAGCCGUUCGCCUCCAGCUGUGUGAGUUUUAAGCCUCUGACUUCAUCUUGCUGCCUCUCUUGCCUGCGACUUCCCCAUCCCGGAAUCCACAUGUCAUUCUGUUACCUGGCGCCUCAGCAUCGUUCUGUCUCUACCUAGUCACCUUGCCCUGUCUUUGCGAGUUGCUUUCUCUGUCUGAAAUCCUCAGUCCUUCCCCCGGGCGAGUGCCUCCAAACUUACGUGAUAUAUCAGAGGUUCUUGCCAGAGCCUGGGCUAUCCUAGCAGUGACUGAAUGGCCACAUCCUCCCCAUGGAUCAAGAUCUGGUUUGGGGCCAGGAAAUAAAAGAAAGGGACUAAUAGAUACCAAUACUAUGGUGUGCAAGACACUGUGUACAAAAAAAAAAAGAGCAUUGCACAGAGAACAAAGGGCUCCACUUAGGUCUAGUGAUGCUUCUGCUUGCAAACAGUAAUUCUUGAUUCGUUCAAGGGUAGGCAAUGUCUCUGGUAACACUAAGAGGUUGCUUCAAUAUUUAAUAAAAGUAUGAGUGCUUUUUUUAUGAUGAACAAUAUUGUAUAGUAAAAUAGGAAAAUUGCCUUUCUUUGUUACUGUGCUUUGCUCGGAUUGGUAGAUUUGCAUGUGGGUAUGCUGAGUUUUAGGUGGGGGAAUUGUAUCCGUGGGGAUGGAUUAGAGGGAAGGCCUUUGUAGGUGGUAUUUCCAGUAGGAAAAGUGUCCAGCGUACCGGGUAAACUGGACAGGUUAUUUCCUUGUUUCUGAGGAGCAAACCUUGAAAGUCUGGCCCUCCUGUCUCCUACCUUUUCCUCUGGCCCCAUGCGUCUUCUGCCCCCUCUCUCUUGCUCCUCCCACCCCGCCAAGGCUGCUGGUCACCCCGGGUUGGUGCUCAGCCUGCUCCCCCGUGACUCGGUUCAGGAUCGGCCUGUGAAGAGGCGCCUGGAUGGUUCCCCCACGGUGUCCCACGGACCUCCCCUGUCUCAGGCCGAGGGCGUCUUCGCGUUCCUUCCUACCCCGGAAUGAAUCAUUUUAAGGGUUUCAGGCCUCUGUGGGGAGGGGUGGGGUGGGCUGAGUAGAAGCCAUGGGGUUCCUGAGACGGAAUCGAAUGCUUUCCGGCCCCCACUGCAGUUUCUCUGCACAAGUUCCCAGGGUGGGCAAAGGGAGGCUUGGAGAUCUGGGGUAGGUGCAGGUUGUACCUCUCAUGUAGGGGACCCUUCCUUUCUCAAAUCAGGCCCAGUGGGCAUGUGGUUUAGCAUCUAAAGCCGAGCGAGGAGGUAUCACAGUGGGCAUCAAGAGACUUUGUGUUUAGCCCUGGCCCUUGGGCUGGUCGGAAGAGCCCUCUCCCUUCUGGGCCUCAGUCUCUUCACCCUUGAAGGAAUCGAUCAUAUGAGAGGUUUGGCAAAGGCCCCUUUGAGCCCGAAGGUGGCACACCGGUGACCAAGGGACAGUUACAUGGGGAUUUCCUCUGUGAAUUGUCUUUGGUUAGAACAGUUGAUCACUGCUGUGGCCUCACUGCUAGCCCUUCCCUGAUAGGUUUUCUGCCUGGUGCCCCCGAAACAAAUCUGUAUUCUUCACUCUCACGCAUGCAUCCCAUAGAGGCCCAGACCUAAGCUGUCACCUGCUGGGUUUAGAGACUGGGGUGAACAUGAGUGCUCAGGGGGACCUGGUCUGUAAUAGGGGGUGAAUGUCCUCAGUGUCCCUCUGUCUGUUCAGGACAAGGUUCACGCUAAUGCCCAGAUAUGCCCCGUCCUACAGAAAUACAAUAAAAGCCACAUGUCAUUUUACAUUUCCUAGCAGUCACAUUCACAAGCAUAGAGAGGAACAGGUGACAGCCAUUUGAACAAUAUACUUUGUUUAACUGAAUGUACCUAGAAUAUUAUCACUUCCACAUAUAAUCAUUAGAAAAUUAAUGUCGUGUUUGAAAUUGUUCUUCAUAUUAAAUAGCUGGCACUUGGCAUCUGCUUUACAA